AUGGUCAUCACGACAGGAAGAAACUUCUCGCGCAUGCCCUUGGGCUACGGCCCUUGCCCAGGACCCCGGCAAGACGCUAAGGGCAACCAACCGCUCCAAGGUUGGGAUCAGGUCAACACCAAAACCUGUACAGUUACUUUCAAAGCCCCGGUUGACCAGUUGGUCGCACUACUACCCCGACCAUGCUUCCAAAUUGACGCGGAGACGGUGGUGGAGGGUCUUGCGGAAGCGUCCAUCUCCUUUACCUCUCUCGGUAACCUUCCCUGGCUGGCUGGCCGCGGAUACAACCACUCGGGCCUUUACAUUCACAACGUCAUCUGCCAGGGCAAGACCGAGACUGUUCAGGGCAAAUAUCUCAGCGUCCUGUUUGAGAACCUCCCGGACCCCAUCCUUAGCGGCAGAGAGGAGCUGGGCUACCCGAAGCUCUUCGCGACACUGGAUCAGGAGGACAACGUUGAAGCGUCAGGAGACUGGAGCCUUUCGAUGGGCUGGGAAGGCAAUCAAUUUGGAGAGGUCAAGAUCUCCGGCCUGAAGCUGGAGGUGGCGCCUCCUGAGCCCGCAAGACCCGGCCAGGAUGUUCUUUGCUUCAAGUACAUCCCUCGCACCGGCCGUCCGGGUGUUGCUGAUGUCGAAUACGCCACGGUCUCCCCGGCUCCGUCUCCUGAAUGCUUCAAGCUGGAGCGCAUGUUCAAGGCGAAGGACGCGAAGAUCCAUUUUGAGGCCCUCGGUUUUGAUGAGCUACCCACACUGCAUCACGUAGCCACACGACUGGCCGAGCUUGACAUAGUCAGCGUUGAAGAUGUACGCAUUGUGGAAGGAAAGGGUGCACCGGAUUACCAGAACCAAAGAGCAGUCUCGACUUGGGGUUACGGCUUGUCGACCAACUGA